GUACCUACCUAAUUAUCAAAUAAAUUCCAUCUACCUUCAACAAUGAAGCUCUCUCUUCUUAUAGGAGUCUUUGCCGCUUGUUGUGUUGCAAUUCCUCUCUCAGAAGUCAAUGACCCCACAACAAACCUCUCGUCUGAUGUCGCCUUGGUAGAGCGGGAUGACGCCCCGGGGGAGCCGGAUGACGCCCCGGGGGAGCCGGAUGACGACCCGAUAGCGCUGGAUCCGAUAGAUCUGGAUCCUCCGAUAGAGCCGGAUCCUCCGGUAGAGCUGGAUGGCGGGCAUGAACCGCACAAUACAAGCCUCGCAAUUAUUGGCGCCCGAGACGCCCGCACAAAUCCACCAUGCCCAGCUGGGCAGACUUGGGACCGCUCCAUCUGUUGGAACUCCGGGGUCGUACGUCGCUGGUGUAGGACAGCUUCGAAUGCACCGGGGGAUGGUGCAAACGGUUAUUGUGAGGCCGACGAAGUCUGUGUGCAGCGCAAUCUGUCUAAUGGAAAAACUUUCGCUGACUGCAUUUUGCUUGUUAACCUUAUUAAGUGGAGGUCAGGCCCAGAUGGAUACAAUGAAGGCUGCACUUCUGUCAUUAGUAAGCGAGGGAAAACACACAGCUUAGGAACAAUGGCUUAUGACACCAAUUCGAAACCUAUCCAAGUCGGCAAAAUCAGGUUUCUUGGAGAACCUGGUGAUCUGGACGAGGGAAUUUACGGAGCAGUAUCCUAUGCUGCUAGCGAUUGGUUCAAUUUCGAUGGAGGACGUUCUAUGAAAACUUGUGUUAUGACUAUGGGUGCUACAAACUUGCAUCUCUUUUCGUGGCUUUUUUGAUUGUUAUUAGUCCGUAGACCUAUUCAAGGGAAAUAUAGGGGGCAAUCAGGGGACGGGCAAUCCUGGCCAGGGUGUUGGACCUUUUCAACAAAGGCGAAGCGGGGGCUAUUCAAGAGGGGCAUAUAUUCUGAUUCUCACACUCUUUCUAACACACUCUUUUGAACACUUAAAUAAAACACUUGGAAUUUGAUGUAUAUCAAUACACAAUUGUUAUUUGUUUACUAGUACGAUACCAAUAAUUGUUAGGAGUAAAGAUGUAGUUGAUAUGGAUAUUUUGCCCAGGUCUUGGCGAAGCCUAAUCGUGCUUAGUACGGAAAGCUUUGGCGGG